AUGGACCCAGCAGUGUUGGCGAGCUUCACGAUCUACAACCUUCCGUCCAGCCCGCCAAGAUUUGACCAGAUAGGCCGAUUCUAUAUCGCCUUUUGUGCAACAUGGACGGCUCUCGUUAUUGCUGGAAUGGUCUUUUGCUGGGUAAACCGCAACAGUCCAGUCCUCAAAUGGCGUGGCCUGCCCUUGUCGUUCACCGCCAUCACUUGCCUUCACAUGUACUGGAUACUCGCCCAGAUCACUUAUCCGGUAGGUGGAACAAUGCCUGUUGUUCUAGCAUAUGACAUUCAAUAUUUCGUCAUGGGUACUUGGUUCCCCCUGGGUAUUGCUUUGUUCCACGCCUCCAACAGUCGUUUCCUUCAUGUUGCGAAGUUGCAAAGGCUGCAUUUCACAGGUAACGUGGAGGGAAGCCGGCGGGGCAGGACCGGCUGUGAUGGAGCUAAGUCAUCUUGGCUAUGCCGUCUGAGGAACAUGGACUAUUCGAAAAGAAUCAUGAUAUUCAUCGGUUUGGGCAUGGUCGCCCAGGUUCUCUUAACCGUAGGCAUGUGGUUUGCUUGUAAGAAGUACCACCCAACAUAUGGUAUCCCUGGAACAGAGAUCCGUGGCUCCAACUUGAUGGAGCAGAUGGAGGACCUGGGUCGGGGAUGGGAAUGGUGGCCCACUGUGCUCUGGCAAGUCAUUUGGACAUGGAUUGUUGCUCCUUCUAUGCUCUGGAAGGCAUGGUCCAUCCGCGACACCAUGGGGUGGCGUACUCAGACUGUGGGCUGCUGCUUGUCCAGUCUUCACGCAACCCCGAUGUUUCUGGUGGCAUCAUAUGUGCCAGCAUUUGCAAAAAUCAACCCUUACUUCACCCCUAGUCAAUGGCUUCACCUGUCAUCUAUGAUGUUCGAGAUAUUCACCAUUUUCGUGCCUGCUUUCCAGGUCAUUCGUCUUCGAAUUCUAAGCAAAAAGGCAGUCGACGCCAACGAAAAAUGGGAUACACUAUCGCAGACUACUACACUCAGACCGGUAUCAACAAAGGCCUCGACUUACGGAAACUGCAAACGAUCAACGUCUGCGAGCCAGCUAGAGAAAGGCUACGCAAUUUAUGAAACCGAGUCUGCUGAAGUGGGAUCUGAGCCGGACAGCCGUCUUCUGACAAUGACGGCUCUGGAACAUGCAUUGCGUGAUAACCAAGGCUCACUUCAAGAAUUCUCUGCCCUAAAUGACUUCUCUGGAGAGAACAUUGCCUUUUUAUCACGUGUAGCGGCAUGGAAGUCAGUGACUUGGCCAGAGCUAUCCGAGAUUUCUGAGUGCCAACCGGUCGAUGAAGAAGAGAAGCUGAACGCAUAUAACCAAGCCCUUGACAUCUACGCUGAUUUCGUCUCCCUUACUCUUGCCGAGUUUCCCCUGAACCUUCCUUCGAAUGAGCUGAAGCAACUUGAAGCGGUCUUUGAGAAGCCUGCUCACAUUCUUUUCGGCGACAACGCUUCCACAAACCCGGUCACACCAUUCGACGACGCCUUCCAUGGCUGUAAUGCAUCAAGGUCAGGGAGUGGACAGGAUGUGCGGAGUCAGGUCCGCUAUACCGGCGAAAUCCCAGCAGGUUUCAACGCCAACGUUUUCGACAGGGCACAAGGUCACAUCAAGUAUCUUGUUCUGACAAACACCUGGCCCAAGUUCGUCAAGGAGAUGCACCAAAGGCGCCGGUCGAGCGAUACGGGAAGAAGUGUCAAUACAGCUGAUUCUCAAAGGUCUCUUUUAAGUAGAGCAUCUACCAGCCUGUCGGGUUUCCUUCGCUCGAUUUUCUGA